AUGCCUCUUCUUGAGACCGGCCGUAGGAGGAUCAAGCUGGAUCGCAGCUACAAUGGUCCUCCACGUCAAGGCCCCGUCCGUCAUAUCAGUCCAGUUCAGCUUACUCUUGAACGUAUUCACGAACAGAAUCGAGCCAAUGUCCAAAGGAUUGACCCUGCGAGGGCCCCUGCGCCUGCUCCAGGUGCCGCCGCGAGAGGCAAGCCGAGAUUGCUAUUGAUGGGUCAGCGAAGAAGCGGAAAGUCGUCCAUCUCGAGUGUUGUAUUCCAUAAGAUGCCCCCAAAUGAGACACUGUUCCUCGAGUCUACGGCUCGGAUCCAGAAGGAUUCGAUGCACUCUUUCAUGGAUUUCCAGGUCUGGGACUUCCCCGGCCAAGUUGACUGGGCAGACCCAUCCUUCGACCUCGACGCCAUCUUCGGCGAAAUUGGAGCCCUGAUCUGGGUCAUCGACGCCCAAGACGAGUACCUCGAAGCCAUCAACCGCCUCAACAGCACCAUCCUGAACCUGCAGCCUACCUACCCAAACAUCAACAUCGAAGUCUUCAUCCACAAAGUUGACGGCCUGUCGGACGACUACAAGCUCGACAUCCAGCGCGACGUUACGCAGCGUAUCCAAGACGAGCUCUCGGAUCAUGGCGUCGAGAACGCCCCCAUCAACUUCCACCUCACCUCCAUAUACAACCACUCCAUCUUCGAAGCCUUCUCCAAAGUCAUCCAGAAACUCAUCCCGCACCUGCCGUACCUGGAAGCCCUGCUCAAUAACUGCUGCCAGAAAUCCGGCUUCGAGAAAGCGUAUCUCUUCGACGUCCUCUCUAAGAUCUACAUUGCCACCGAUUCCUCCCCCGUCGAUAUGCCGUCCUAUGAGAUCUGCAGCGAUUACAUCGACGUCAUUGUCGACAUCUCAGAGAUAUAUGGCUGGAAUCGCCCGGAUGAGUAUAUCGAGCGUCUUGAAGGCCCGCCGUGGAAUAAGAAGCUUGAGCAUCAGGUUGCGUGCAAGGAUGCGGAGAGCUGCAUUGUGCUCACGGAUGGUAGGAGACCGAUUCUGUUGCGGGAGGUUAAUAAGUAUCUUGCGCUCGUGGCGGUCGUGAAGGAGGGUGCGUAUACUAAGAUGCCGGAUAUUAUUGAGAAUAUUAAUGCUACGGUGGGAGGUUUGCUUCAGAUUUUCGAGAUCACUAGGAGAAGACAGAGGGCUUAA